GCCCGCGGACGGACUGACCGAGUCCUGCGAGUCAUGCGAGCAGGCGGAAGCGAGAGCGCCAUGGCUCGGAUCUAGAGCUCGGCUCACAGAACCAGCCAGUGCUCGCGAUCGGUCCCGGCCAGCAUCCCGAUCCCGAUCCGGAUGGUGCUGGAGGCUGCGAGGACAGGCCAGCCCAGCCAGCGUGCGAGCCCGGGAGCUCAUCGAUCUCCAUGACCUCGAGCAGCAGGCAGUAUCAUGAGCCGAGGGGCAUGCGCUGGCACCCUGUGCCAGUCUCGAGGAGGCACCGGGGUUCGAAGGAAAGAAGGGGAACGCUGAUCGCUAGACUAUCCCAAACACGUCUCAUGUUCCGAUCUUGACAGUGGUGCUCGUGGGGAUCCGAGGGAGCGCCAAUCGGGUCGAGGCGCUGCGGGUCCGCAUGGAUCCGUGUCCGAGAGACUAGAUCUGCAGGCAGUCGCCCCGGCUAGUGGUCAUAGCUUGCUGCAAGCGUCUGCGGGCAGGCCGUGCGCGAUCGGAACUUCAGCGAGAGGGAUCGAUCUCGAAUUCGGAGGGGGACGAUGUCAGAGGGGAGGAAUUAGCUCGCAAGCUAGCAAUCGGCCAUGGGAGCAGCGCCGGCGCCUCGCUGAUCCACCGCAGGCAAGGAUGAGGCGGCUGCUGCUGGGGCUGGCGCUGCUGGCGCUGGCCUGCGGAGGCGCGCGGGCGCGGCCGCACGUAGAGACGGCCAGCGCCAACUUCACGCUGGGCACGGACGGGGCGCCGUUCAAGUGCAACGAGCGGGGUAAUCUGUGGUGCGGGGGCAACGCGAGCACGUCGAGCGUGGCGGCCGAGGGCGCGCUGACGCUGACGCCGACCAGCCGCAACCGGCCGGACGAGUUCUACUACAACACGUACGGGAUGGCGCUGUACACGGUGCCCAUCCAGCUGCUGGACGUGAAGAAGAACCGGUGGCACGGGUUCAGCACCUACUUCCGCUUCUCGAUCGAGCCGGCCGACUUCCUGCACCCGGGCGACGGCAUGGCCUUCGUGGUGCUCAACGUCUCGCAGUGGCCGGGCAGCCCCGGGGGCGCCUUCGGGGUGUACGACGGCAACGGGCAGCAGCUGGUGAAGACGCUGGCUAUCGAGUUCGACACGUUCCGGAACCUGGACUUCGGCGACAUCAGCAACAACCACGUGGGCGUGGACCUCGACAACCUCACCUCCAAAGCUUCACGCGAUGCCUCGGACGUGGGCAUCAUCCUGUACGGCGGCGCGCCCGUGCACGCAUGGAUCGACCUGGACGCCGCGGCGGGCACUCUGGAGGUGCGCAUCAGCGCCAACGCCUCGCGCCCCGCGCACGCCUUCCUCAACCACUCGCUGCUGCUGAUGGACGUGUUCGACGACAGCGGGCCCGUGUACGUGGGCUUCUCGGGCUCCAACGGGCUCUGCAGCUGCCACAACUUCUACACCGUGUACGACUGGCGCUUCGCCGUGCUGCCGGACGACGAGAAGGAGGACCUGGUGACGGGCUUCGUGGUGGGCACCGUGAUCCUGGUGGUGCUCUCGGCGCUGCUGAUCGGGCUCUGCGUCUGGGAGCGCAAGUACGCGUCGGACGCCGAGGCCUUCGAGGACGUGGAGGACCUGCUGGGCAUCGCCGACAGCCUGCGCUUCAGCUACAAGCAGCUGAGCGCGGCCACCGACCGCUUCCGCGAGGAGUCGAAGCUGGGCGAGGGCGGCUUCGGCAGCGUGUACCGCGGCGUCAUGCCCAAGACCAAGCAGCCGGUGGCCGUCAAGCGCGUGAGCAACAACUCGAAGCAGGGCAAGCGCGAGUUCGUGGCCGAGGUGUCCAUCAUCAGCCAGCUGCGCCACCGCAACAUCGUGCGCCUGCUGGGCUGGUGCAGCGACCGCGACAAGCUGCUGCUCGUCUACGAGCUCAUGCCCAACGGCAGCCUGGACAAGGCGCUCUUCCACGAGGACGAAUGGGUGCUGUCGUGGGCGCACCGCUUCCGCAUCAUCGCCGGCGUGGCCAACGCGCUGCACUACCUGCACGAGGGCUGGCGCCAGCAGAUCAUCCACCGCGACAUCAAGUCUAGCAACGUCAUGCUCGACCAGGACUUCAACGCCAUGCUCGGCGACUUCGGCCUGGCGCGCAUGGUCGACCGGCACCAGAACCCCGCCACCACCAUGGUGGCCGGCACCUUCGGCUACAUCGCGCCCGAGGUGCCCGUCACCGGCCGCUUCACCGACAAGACCGACGUGUACGCCUUCGGCGCCGUGGCGCUGGAGGUGGCCUGCGGCCGCGUGGCCUUCGACCAGUGGCUGGCGGCCGACGAGACCAUUCUGGUGAACUGGGUCUGGAGCCGGCUCGACGCCGGCGCGCUGCUCAGCGUCGUGGACCCGCGCCUGGAGAGCGAGUACGACGCGGCGCAGGCCGAGCUGCUGCUGCUGCUGGGGCUGCUCUGCUCGCACCCAAACCCCAACGACCGUCCGUCUAUGCGCCAGGUGGUGGACAUUCUGGAGGGCGUCGUGCCCAUGCCGCUGGUGCCGCCCUCGAAGCCGGCCUUCCCGUACCACCAGGUCGCGCUGCGCUACCGCAUGGAGGACCUGCUGAAGUCGUCGCCCAAUCUGACCUCCUUCGCGCCCAAUCCCGAUGACAACCCCUUCUCGCCCCACGACAACUCGUCGCUGUCCACGCCCGACGAGGCCGAGCCCCUGCUCCCCCGCAGCUCCACGCCCUUGGGCGGGAUCAGCGGCAACGUCACCCUCGUGCGGCUGAUUCGCAAUUUUUUCCGACAUUGAUCUCGCGCCGCCGGCCGAUUCAUUCCCCGCUUCGAACGAGCCUCGGCGCCUCCCACUGAUCCUGUAUAUACAGCCUUUUGUUGCAGCAAAACUGUUUGGACGCUCGCAGACGAUCCUCCUCUCCGAAAUUUGGGAGCCCAGAAGUGCCGAGUCCAGCCUUUGCGAACGCCCCGAUCACAUCUUCGGUCCGCGCUUCUGGUUCCCGAGAAAAAGUAUGCCACCAUCGCAUGCUUACUUGCACAGAGCUGCAGCAUUCUGACGCGCCUACCUCAGAAUGGCCUGAGCCUCGCAGGAUUCUGCACAAUUGCUGUUCUAGAAAUGUGAGGUUUCUGAUGGUGGAUGUAACAUGUCUCGUGAAUUCUAUGUCACUGUCCCUUUGCCCACUUUGGAUCCUGCGUUUCUUCGACAGAACGGGGAGCCCUGGACAAAGCAUCUGGAGCCUAACACUCCUCAAUCAUCCGUGUUUCGUUUGCACAAGUUGAUCUCUAAUGAAAACCUAUGCUACAGCAAUGAUUGUACAGAUUAUGGGCAUCCGACGAGAACACGAAUGGAAGCGUUUUUGACAGGCAGAGUUUUGGGAGAAUUCAACAUAUGGAUCAGAGUGUAUCAUAGUGGAUAAGUGAACUGAAUGCUCGCUACUAGAAAGACUCUCGGUCCAUAAGAGGCCGAGAAAUAUCUUUGCUAUCGGGUCUGUCUGGGACUGUCAUCGGCGGGAGUUGACCGCCGAUCUGCUUGGCUGGCUCUGCAAAUGUAACAUGUAUUUUCCAUGGUUUUUUACUCUAUAUCGGAUGCUCUUCAAUGAACAGAAUCGCGGUCCUAGUGGAGAAUCGCUGAUUACUCGAUCACAUUUCCAUGCU